AAAAUUUCAUAACCUUCAAUUUAAUGCAAAGUGAGAGUAGAGUUCUUAGUCAUCAAUUCGAAAAUAUAUCAAUAGGACUGUAAUAACUAGAUUUAUUUUUUAUAUAUAUAUUUAUUUAUUGACAAUGUCAAGUAAGAAAAAAAAUCGGGAUAAAAUCCUUGAGAAACGUAAACGUCAUGUCGUUGGAAAAGAAGAGAGAUAUAGACAGGAAAGGGAUAAAUCUGAUCAUGAAGAUGAACAGACAGAAGAAGUUGAGUCACCAAUACCUUUUCCAGUUGCAAUGUGGGAUUUAGAACAUUGCGACCCAAAAAAAUGUUCUGGAAGAAAAUUAUCAAGACACGGUCUUAUCAAAACUCUAAAACUCAAUGCUAGAUUUCCAGGAUUAGUUUUAACUCCAGUUGGAAAAAAAUGUGUUUCACCUACGGAUCGAGAAAUAGUUAAAGACAAUGGAUGUGCAGUCGUAGAUUGCAGUUGGGCAAAAUUAGACGAUACACCUUUUAGUAGAAUGAAGAGUCCAAAUCCACGAUUACUUCCAUUUUUAGUUGCAGCGAAUCCUAUUAAUUAUGGAAAACCAUGUCAACUGAGUUGCGUAGAAGCUAUUGCAGCAACAUUAAUAAUAACCGGUUUCCCCGAAGAAGCUGAUUUUUAUCUCGGAAAAUUUUCAUGGGGUCACGCGUUUAUAGAACUUAACUCAGAAUUACUUACUGCUUAUGCCGCGUGUAAAAACAGCGAAGAAAUAAUUGCUGCUCAGGAUAAAUUUUUGGCUGAUGCGAGACAAGAACGACUAGAUCGUCUAGCGAUGCCUGAUUUUCCGCCGAGUGAAGAAAGCAGUGAAUCUGAUGAAGAAGAAGAAGAAGAAAAAGAAGAAGCAAAAAAAAAAGAUGAAAUUUAUGAAAUAAGUGAAUUAAAAAUAGACGAUAAAGAAUGUGGGACUUCCGGUAAAGAUAAAAAUUAACAGUGUGGUAAUUUAAAAUAUAAUUAUAUUUAAUAUGACCAAAAAUACUGCACGUUAACUGUAUCAUACAUAUAUUGUAUAAUAUAUAGUAAA